AUGUAUAUAGCACAACUGAAUCUUUCUUCGACUGUACAUUGGUCUAAAAAUGCCGUCACAGUUGCGGGAUCAUGGAGUGGUCAGGAUGGUUCGUCUUUGAAUAAACUUUACUGGAACUCUGGCUUGUACAUUGCGGACGAUGGUAUUUUGUAUGUCGCUGAUACUGGGAAUCGACGAAUAGUACUGGUCAAGCCUAAUUCCACUACAGCUGUGGCCACCAUUGGAACUGGAUCAAUCUCUGGUGAUUUUGAGUUCGGGUUCGCUGUAGAUGUUUUUGUUUCCAAAACAUACAUUUACGUCUUGGACAGGGGUGCAGAACAAGUGCAGAAAUGGUUGAUAAAUGCAUCGAAUCCAAAUACUGUUUACGGAAAUCCACAGAGUAUUAUUAGUAUUCCACGAUCAAGCUAUUUCUUUGUCGAUAUGGAUAAUAACUUGUAUGUGAGUGGUUCUUACACAGCUACAGUGAUACGUAUUCCGUCAGACUCAUCAAAUGGUAGCAAUGGUGUCGUAGUUGCUGGCAAUGGAAUAUAUGGGUCUGGACCUGAGGAGCUCACAUAUCCAUGCGGAAUCUUUGUGGAUGAUGCUCGUACAGUAUAUGUAGCCGAUUCCAACAAUCAUAGAAUUCAAAAAUGGGCUGUUGAAGCUUCUUUUGGGGUGACAGUUGCGGGUAAUGGGAUGUGUGAUAUUAAUAGUUUGAGCCAGAUAUGCAAUCCAACUUCAGUUGUUGUCGAUUCAAAUCAAUAUAUUUUCACUAUCGACAAUUACUUUUUUCGAAUUUUACGUUGGGCACCGAAUUCUAAUGUUGGUGAGUGCAUUGCCGCUUGUUCUGGAAAUGAAGGUCUUCAAUCUGAUCAUCUCUCUCAAGUAUAUGCAAUAGCAUUAGAUGGCCAAGGGUCUCUGUAUGUCAGUGAUCAGGAUAACAACCGAGUGCAAAAAUUUCAAGUCAUUGUUAAUUUUGGUAAGUAG